AUUUUACCAUUUCUUGCUGUUUGUUUGACUCUCCAUACACGGACCCACACAAACACACUGUAUCACUCACGAGGUGUGAGUGAGUGUUCAUCCAUAAACUGUGAUUCAAUUUACAAGGUCGCAUUGAUGCUCGAGUAUCAGAUAGUAUACGACUUCGCAUACACACAGUACACACACUGAAUCUCUGACAAAUCUUUACCUUUCUUCUUCUGCAUAAAGAAGAAGUGGGUAGCAUUUCCUUUUCUUUCUUUCUAGAUUGUGGUUCGGGAAUCACAUUUUCAAGUUUGAAAAUCCCUUUCUUUUGUGUGUGUGGGGCAUUUUUGAUAUUGGGGUUUGUCUUCUUUUGCCGCUCCUGCUCGAUUUUCUCCUUUUUAAAAUACUUUUAUAUACUGGAUUGGAUUAGACCCAAAUCAUAAAAUAUAAAAUAUUCGACUUCUUGCUCAUUUACCCUUCUCAUUCAUUAUGUUUAUUAUCCUCACAUGCUCCUAAAUUCACUCAUCGUGCUUGGGUUUAAAGAUCUGCAUUUUAUCUGAACGCCUUCAAUUUGAGGUACCAUUCUUUACUUGAAAAUCUUCUUCUCUUCUCGGCGGCAUCGAUUCGAGAAAAUGUGCUAGAUUGUUGUCAAAUCAGCUGUGUUUUUGUUAUGAGCUUUCACUUCCCAGUUUGAAUUUGCCCUUGUUUGCAAAACCCUUAUGGGUUUAUUGAUUUGGGUUGAUUUUGAAAUGCAGUACGGAUAUAAGUCCUUCGAAGUAAACAAAUUAGGUGGUGCUUCUUGUGAUGUUAUAUUGGGAGAAAUCAUAGACUAAAGUCAUACUGAACCUUUGUAAAAUGGAGAACUAUGAUAUACUGGAGCAGAUUGGUAAAGGGUCCUUUGGCUCCGCGCUGCUUGUUAGGCAUAGACAAGAGAAGAAGAAGUAUGUUCUGAAAAAAAUCCGCCUCGCUCGACAGACUGAUCGGACCCGCAGAUCUGCUCACCAGGAGAUGGAGCUCAUUUCCAAAGUCAAGAAUCCAUAUAUUGUGGAGUACAAAGAUUCCUGGGUGGAAAGGGGCUGUUAUGUGUGCAUCGUGAUUGGUUACUGCGAGGGAGGAGACGUGGCCGAAGCCAUUAAAAAGAGAAACGGAAUUCAUUUUGCUGAGGAGAAACUUUGCAAAUGGUUGGUUCAACUGUUACUGGCAUUGGAUUACUUGCACUUGAAUCACAUUCUUCAUCGUGAUGUCAAGUGCUCCAAUAUAUUUCUGACGAAAGAUCAAGAUAUACGUUUAGGGGAUUUUGGUCUUGCUAAAGUAUUGAUUUCUGAAGAUCUAGCUUCCUCUGUAGUGGGUACACCUAGUUACAUGUGCCCUGAGCUUCUUGCUGAUAUACCUUAUGGUUCCAAGUCAGAUAUCUGGUCCUUGGGAUGCUGUCUCUAUGAAAUGGCUGCUCACAGGCCUGCAUUUAAAGCCUUUGAUAUACAAAGUCUCAUCCACAAGAUAAAUAAAUCAAUCGUGUCUCCACUUCCAACCAUGUAUACCGGUCCAUUCCGAGGGCUAAUCAAGAGUAUGCUUCGGAAAAAUCCAGAGCUCAGACCAAGUGCUGCAGAUUUGCUCCGACAUCCACAUCUCCGGCCAUAUAUCCUCGAUAUUCAUCUCAAGUCUAACAACCCCAGGAGGCAUACUUUUCCUGCCCUGCCCUCUGAUGCCAAUUUUGUCAAGAAAACGAGAUUCGUUGAAGCUGAAACUGUCAAACAAGAGAAAAGGCUGUCAAUCGGCAACAAUAGGGCUUUGAAUCCUAGCAUAUCUGGAAACGAACUUGAUAGUCCUUGCUCAUCUCGAAGAGCACAAAAAUCGUUCAGCCAUUUGAAUGAUAAACUAUCCGACUUAUCCAUUGAUAGUGUGGGUAAUGAUAUCGGAGUGCAGAAGCUGGCCAAUGCCACCAAGUUCAGUGCUGUCAAAACUCCGAAAAUGGCUUCAGCAAAGGCUUCUUCGAAUCAUAGAAGACAGUCCACGACCCCGUCAAGAAUAUCGAACCCUGGCUCCACUCGCGAAUUGCUUCCUGUGUCGCAUACUCCGGCCAGAAAACCUUCCCAAGUAGCACGCAGGGCGUCUCUUCCGCUGUCUACACGAGCUAAACCUAGCAUCGGUCUACUUGGUAGCGUGGAUUCCCCUGAUGUCUCAGUCAACGCACCGCGAAUCGACAAGAUGGUCGACUUUCCGUUGGCGUCCUCGGACGAACCACCGCUGCCAAGAAGCCGCCGGAGCUCAUUUUCGUCUGCUCAGUGCUCAUACACCCCACCGUACAGCGGCGACCGCUCCAUCACGAAAGACAAGUGCACGGUCCAGAUUCUAGACAGAACCUUUGGUAGGUCGCUCUCUGCUCAAGGUGUGCAGUACAAUGGGAGCGAGUGCUCGGAACACAACCCGGUCGGGGGCGGGGGGUCGAGCCGUUCGUCGUCGGAUUCUCGGCAGCGGAGGUUUGACACGACGUCGUACCAGCAGCGAGCGGAAGCCCUGGAGGGGCUGCUGGAGUUCAGCGCAACGCUGUUGCAGCAAGAACGGUUCGACGAGCUCCAAGUCCUGCUGAAGCCGUUCGGGCCGGAAAAGGUGUCGCCUCGCGAGACUGCGAUAUGGCUGACCAAGAGCUUCAAGGAGAACACGGCAUGAUGAGCUGAGGAUGAAAACACAUGUCAGAUUAACAGCUAACCGCAGGUAGGAGUUAUUGCAUUUGGCGUUGUCGUGAAUGGCUUGUUCAUGGGAACUGAAACUAGAGUAGAACAAAUACUAUGAUAUGAUGUAAGAACUUGUCUUCACCUUCUGUUUCUAUUUUCAUCAUAUUUUACUA